AUGUCUGAGCGAAACUUUGCAGAGUCCUCCAGCAACACUGUCGGGAAAGAUGUUUGGAAACUGACUGAAUCUGGCCGCAAAGCGAUUGUGACAUGCUACGAAACCGCCGCCAAAGCCGUGCCCGUUCUCCAGCUGCGAGAUGUUCCUGUCGCAGACAUGAACAAGUACGAACUCAUGAUGGCUUUAAGCAAUGCAGGCUGGAGUAUGCGAGUGGUUUCCAAGAAGGAGAGUCGGGCACUUCGCGAAGAAGAGGCUGGUUACAUGGAGGGUCCUGACUCGAAGAAGGAAUGGUAUGUGUUGACUGGGGCAACUUUAGCAAGUGUCAAGCCGCUCUAUCUGAAGUUGUUGCUGCAAGCUGGUGAGCACAAGAAACGAGUUCCUCAUCUCGCUGCAGUGUCUGUGUACCAGCAGUUGCUGAAUCCCGGCUUUGUUCCGCGGGCUCGCAAGAGACAAGCCAUACUUGCCGGUGACCCCGAUGACUGGGAAGCUUUGCAAGAUAAGAAGCCUGCCAAGAAGAGAGCGCGAAAACGCUUGCCUGCUGCCAAGGCAUCUGCUGCACCCGUAGCUGAUGACGCAACUGUUGCGGCCAUCCCUGAUGAUCACAUGCCUGCAGAUGCCGCUGUGGUGGAAGAGCAUCCCAACACCGCUGCGGUACAUGAUGGGGAAGACGACGAAUUUUCUGAUUCUAGCAGCAGCUCGUCCAGCUCGUCAUCUUCGAGUACCUCGGAGUCGCAGCCCUUGGCAGGGCGUGAAGGACUGGAGCUGUCGGAACCGGCAGUUCCUGCAGACGGCCAGGAGCCAUUGGAUACCUUGGAGGCUGGCUCUGUGCGUGAGCUUCCGGCCCUGCAGCACACCAGGGUCAUGGGACGUUCGCAUCCAUUUGGCCUGUGCUUUCUAACACCUCGCUACAAAGACAAGACUAUGACAGGCUGGCAGAUGUCAUGCACAAAGCCUGCCCACAAUGUUGAUGGCCGCAAGUGCACCAAGGAAGUCUCUUUUCGCGUCGCUGGCAGUGCAGGCAUGUGUCGCAGGAUGUUGAAAGCUUGGAUUGUCUUCGGGGCAUCCGUGGAUACAAAGGACGACCAUCUCCACUUGGUGUGGCCUAACAUCGUCAAAAUGGCAAAGGAAGACGGAAUUCCCGAUGAAAACGAACUUGAUUUCAACAUGCCCGAAUCUUGGCAAGCAUGGGAGUCUCCUCGUCGGGUCCAAGAUCAAGAUGUGACUGGGCAGCUUCAGCAAGGAGCACCUGUGGGCAGACGACGCCAGCAUUCAUUGCUUGGGGACCCUUUGCCAGGAACACCUGAAGCAGUCCAUGCUGAAAUGGAACAGCUUGCUGCCCAGGGUCUUGUGCCGAUAACGACUCCUGUGCAGCGGGCGAGGCAGAAGUUCACUCCAGGAUCAGAAUACGGAGUACCGGCGUUCUUCGCCGUCUUUAUUGGAGAUGCAGGGGCUCAGAAUGGAACUUGUGCAUCAAGGGAGGAUGAGGAUGCCUGCGUUUUUCGACGAGUUUCAGACAAAGACAGUUUGGCUUUGGAGGUCUUGAUGGGGUUGGCGUCACAUGAUGACACAUGCUGUGUAUUCGGUGAUAUUGCAGAUCGUUUGCCGCAGUUUGCAAGAGACUGGAUUGAAGCUGCCAUGCCGCUUCCAGCUCCGAGCAUGUCAAGUGCUGAGAUCAAAGAUGCAUAUGCAGACAUCAAGAAUUGGAUUUUGCUUCACAAAGAGAACCUGUUCAGUGACAGUGCUGGGUCUUGGUGCUACAAGCACAAGCAGGUAUGUCCAGCUCAUCCUCUGUUGAGCAUCGGCGACGAUGCCAAGUGCUUGGCAAGCUCGCUGCAAGGUGUCAAUAGGCCCCUCAUGGUCAACGUCGCAGGAGUUUCUUGCACACCGUGGUCUUCAGAAGGCGCCCAAGAGCAGACUGCCAGUGCAUGCGAGGUCCCCCAUUCAAUCUGGUUAGCAGAGCGGGUUGUGCGGGGCAGUAGGAAUCAAGAAGACAUCGCUUUUGUUGAGUGCACCCCGAAGUACCCCAUGGAGGAUACUUUGGGCAGGGAGUUGGGCUCUACACAUCAUGUCGUGUCGAUGACAUUUGGACCAGAGCAUUUGGGUUGGCCGACGAAGCGUCUGCGUGUGAUGGGUGCAGCAAUCAACAUGGCAACCUGCGUUUGGCUUGGCCCAGGGUCCCCUCAGGAGAUUGCAGAGGACUUUGCUGCCAAGUUUUUUAG